UAGAGCAGAGUUUGUGAAGCAAGAAACAAUGAAAAGAGUUAAUGAGACAGUGGUGCUUCAGAGCAUUACAGUAAAUAGCAUCAUAGACCAAAUUUUGAUGCUUUGGAAGUUUAUAAAGCCACCAUUAGUAGUGCCAUUGUUGAGACUAAUGGUAAUUAUUUGUUUGGUGAUGUCUGUUAUGUUGUUUGUGGAGAGAGUGUACAUGGGAAUUGUCAAGCUUUUUAUCAUGCUGUUGCGGCGAAAGCCGGAAAAGAAUUACAAGUGGGAGGCCAUGCAAGCUGAAGAUCUUGAGCUGGGGAGUUCAGCUUAUCCUAUGGUGUUGGUGCAGAUACCAAUGUACAAUGAAAAAGAGGUGUAUCAGUUGUCAAUUGGAGCAGCAUGUGGGCUUUCUUGGCCGUCUGAUAGAAUAAUUGUUCAAGUUCUUGAUGAUUCGACUGAUCUAGCUAUUAAGGACAUGGUGGAGGUGGAAUGCGCGAAGUGGGCUAACAAAGGCGUAAACAUAAAGUAUGAGAUCAGAGACAAUAGGAAUGGGUAUAAAGCAGGAGCGCUGAAAGAGGGAUUGAAGCACAGCUAUGUGAGCCAAUGUGACUUUGUUGCCAUCUUUGAUGCUGAUUUCCAGCCUGAGCCUGAUUUUUUGAUGCGUACCGUCCCGUUUUUUGUUCACAAUCAUGAUAUUGGCCUUGUUCAAGCUCGUUGGAAAUUCGCCAAUGCAGAUGAGUGCUUGAUGACAAGAAUGCAAGAGAUGUCGCUGAACUACCAUUUCAGUGUGGAGCAAGAAGUGGGUUCCCAGACAUGUGCAUUUUUUGGCUUCAACGGAACGGCAGGUGUGUGGAGAUUGAAGACACUUAAUGAAGCAGGAGGAUGGAAAGAUAGAACCACCGUCGAAGAUAUGGAUCUGGCAGUCCGUGCUUCCCUUAAAGGAUGGAAAUUUGUUUUUGUCAGAGAUAUUGAGGUAAUCAGUGAACUUCCUAGUACUUUCAAAGCCUUCCGAUAUCAGCAACAUCGAUGGUCUUGUGGUCCUUCUAAUCUCUUCAAAAAAAUGGCUUUUGAGAUUGCAACAAGCAAGAAAGUAACUUUGUGGAAGAGGUUAUAUGUGCUUUAUAGUUUCUUCUUGGUACGAAAGGUCGUGGCCCAUAUUGUCACAUUCGCCUUCUACUGUGUCGUUUUGCCAUUGACUGUUUUGGUGCCUGAGGUCGAAGUUCCACUGUGGGGAGUUGUUUACAUUCCUUCCGUUAUAACCAUUCUCAAUGCCAUUGAAACUCCAAGGUCACUCCACCUAGUAGUUUUCUGGGUCGUAUUUGAGAACGUCAUGGCGAUGCACAGAACAAAAGCAACAAUCAUUGGCUUACUGGAGAUAGGGAGAGUCAAUGAGUGGGUUGUCACUGAAAAAUUAGGAGAUGCUUUGAAGCCUAAAGCUUCUAAUACUGUCCCUCUUCUGAGCAGUGCCCCUGUAAAAAAAUCUGGCUGGACAAUCUGGGAAAGACUUAACGGGCUAGAGAUGAUCGCUGGGGUGUUCUUAUUGUUCUGUGGAUCCUAUGAUUUUUUUUAUGGGAAGAACUAUUUUUUCAUCUACAUUUUGCUUCAGGCUAUCGCGUUCUUUGUGGUCGGGUUGGGAUAUGUUGGCACAUUCGUUCCUAAAUAAUCAGAUCGAUAACCAAGGCAUGUAAGUUAUGUAGGGAUCAACUAUCUUGAGAAACAGAAGAUAGUUUAGGAGAUGAAGACUGAUCAUCGACAUUGAGGCACAUUGCAGACAAAUUAUUUGCACAGAGAAGAAAAGACGAAAGUUUUUUUAAUUUUGGCUCAAAGCAGAAAACCGAAAGCAGGGAACACUUGUUUGUAUAUUUCAGCGUAAAUUGAAAAUAUUUUUUAAUUUCAGCCGAAAGCCAAAAAUGGAGAACACUAUGUAUGAAUGUUGAGCUGAAUUUAUACUUUGA